AUGCUCUGCUCCGGCCACAUGCUGGCCUGCAACGGCCUCUUGCCCAGUCGGCUUCGGCUACCGAGAGCCGACGCAUACCGCCUGCGCCUACCAGGGCUCACGUGGAGGUGGCAUGUCGCGGCCUCCGCUGCGGCGUCCGGCGGCUCCUCUAACCUCCCAUCGUCGUCGUCUUCACCACCUACCCCGCCGUUCGGGGUCAGGGACGACCAGGCCGCCGCAUCACCUGGGUUUUGCAUCAUUGAAGGGCCUGAGACAGUCCAAGAUUUUGCAAAGCUUGACUUGCAAGAGAUCCAGGAUAACAUUAGGAGCCGCCGAAACAAGAUUUUCUUGCAUAUGGAGGAGAUUCGACGGUUGAGAAUACAGCAAAGAAUAAAAAAUGUGGAACUCGGAAUUUCAGAUGAAGAGAGUGAUAGGGAACUCCCUGAUUUUCCGUCGUUUAUUCCAUUCUUGCCUCCUCUGAGUGCAGCUAAUCUAAAGGUCUACUAUGCCACAUGUUUCACCCUCAUAGCUAGUAUAAUGGUCUUCGGUGGUUUUCUUGCACCAAUCCUGGAACUUAAACUCGGUCUAGGGGGUACAUCUUAUGAAGACUUUAUCCGCAGCGUUCAUCUGCCCAUGCAGUUGAGUCAGGUAGAUCCCAUUGUGGCAUCUUUCUCAGGCGGAGCAGUUGGAGUUAUCUCUGCCCUAAUGGUUGUUGAGAUAAACAAUGUCAAGCAGCAGGAGCAUAAGCGGUGCAAAUACUGUUUAGGAACCGGAUACGUGGCAUGUGCUCGCUGUUCAAGCACGGGCGCUCUUGUGCUCUCAGAGCCUGUUUCAACAUUCAGUGAUGGCGAUCAGCCUUUAUCCGCACCAAAGACAGAGAGAUGCCCGAAUUGCUCAGGCUCGGGAAAGGUGAUGUGCCCAACAUGCCUCUGCACUGGGAUGGCAAUGGCAAGCGAGCAUGACCCCCCGGAUCGAUCCGUUGAUUUGAGACUAUCUCGAGUUGGUGACGAGCGGCUCUUCGGUUUAGGGUUCCCGGUUCCUUCACCAUUCAAACAGUGGAGCCCCGGUCUUCAGCCGAACUCCCAGUGA